AUGCAGCCCAACAAGGCGGAUGAAGCACUGCAGCUGUUUGCGGCGCUGCAGGACGAACUGCAACUGGAGACCCGUAAACGCGACGCCAACCGGGCGGCGCGGGUGGCCAGCGCUGAGCCGUUGUUGCGUGCGUCGUGGCGACAGAGCGGCGACGUGAGGAGAGCCGCUACCUCAGGGCCGCUCCUCGUGCCCCUGCCAUCGUCAGCGUCGUCGUCGCAGCAGCCGCCCUCCUCCGUGGCGGGCCUGCAGCGAAAGCUGCAGGUGGCGGAUGACAUUAUGCGACGGCUCCACGCAAAAAACCAGAAACUUCUGCAAUGCCUCGCCGCGGUGAGGCGAGCGGAGGAAGACGUCGCCGAAGGGACCGUCAAGCAGCUGCGUGAGAAACUGCAGCAGCGGGAGAAGGAGGUGCGACAGCUGCGGCACCGUCUCCAUGAGUCUGAACAAAAAGCCGAGGGCUCCAGUGGUGGUGCGGCCAUCGCGCUGCUGACGUUGCGUGUGAGACAGAUGGAGAAACAGUACAACAGGCUGCUAGAGGCGAAGUUGACCGAUACCCUCAAGGAGAGUUCCGUAAAGGGAAUUGACACCGAGGUGCGGGAGCUCUUUAUGCUGAUGAAGAACAGGAUCAUCGCCGACGCACGCCACCACGAGGCAGAAGUGCUGCUGCUGAAUGAGGCCCUCUUGGAGGCCGAGCGACGCCUUGCCACCGUGCCAGGUGCGGGCGCAGGGUCUGGUGCGUAG